GUGUGCCACAAGUUUCAGCUAUGGCGUUGUAGCGAGUGGACGUGUUUUUACGCCUUCGUCGGUUUCGCGGUUGGCCGUUUAGACGCGACGUAAGUACGUACGUUUGUUAACCACCUUGCACGGGCAGGCGUUUCAGUUGCCCUGUUUGUUAUCUCCAAUUGUGCCCUGCUACGUGUUAACAAUUUGUGCUUUUGCCAUUUCGUAACAGCACAGAAUCGAAAGGUUUUGUAUGUGUAAAAAAUUGAUAAAACGGCGACAGCAACGAAUAGUGUGCCUUUUUUCCGGGUCCGGAUGGUCUGUUAUUAUUGAGGUGAAGUUCGCCUACUGUGUACGUGGUGGUGUGAUACUUAUAGAACAACUAGACGCGACGCCGGGCUGAUUGAGGGGAGCGAAGUUCUCUCCUGCUCUGCAUACCGUGUGCACCGUGUCUCGCCCUUUCCGACCGUUUGGGUGGCGCGCACUUUUUACUACCACCCCACUUCCUGUUUAUAUGUGUAUGACGGCAGCUUUUCGCCCCCUUUCAAGAGAGCGUACUCGACGGACGGGCUUGAGAUUCUAGUGGACAGAAGCCUCACGCGGAAACACGCUCUACGGUGCUACGUCACCAAACUUCUUGUGCUUUUCUUCACAGUACGUGUUGAAAAAGUUACGAAUACGGUUUACUAGUGCAUGUCAGCAGCAACGAUCAACAGUUUCCGCGGAAAGUGCACCUAUGCCGUACUUCUGAAGUGAAACAUUUUCACUUUUGUCCACGUUGGCAAUUCUGAGCCGUCGACAGAAUGUUGAGUUGGUCGAAUUCUCCCGCUGGGUAAUGAUUUUUCAUCAACCAUAUGGUAGCUUCAACGCAGUGAGUGAUUUUGCUGAAAGUGUCGAAGACUAAUAGAAAAACGGUUUUUAAAUCGAAACAAACCGCAGUUUCGUUAUCAAAUCAAAUGAGUAUUAAACCCGAUAUUUCAGUGUACGGCGUUGGCCCUGUAGAUGCUAAUAGAGAAGGAAAAUAAAUUUGAAUAUUGUCUGUGUCUGUUUUCUCAUACAAUUUGCCGUGAAACGUCACCGCAGUUUCAGUUGAGCUGUUCGUGUGUUUUUUUUUCGGUGUGCUGCCGUGACUGUUUGCCCGUUGGGGGCCUCUUGUACGGGUGUUUUGUAAAUAGGGCUUGAAAAAACGAGGUACUGAGGAAAAAUGGAGCUUUCACUGUCGUUGUGCAGCUAGCUGUGAACCUUAUGGUCUACAUUGCUGUUGGUUCAUGUGCCAUUCAAGUCUGUCGCAACUGUCACAGUACUAUCAAAACUUAAGUGACAACUAAGCACAGAACCGAUGGUACGCAAGAACAGUAACAAAACACAUCACCGAGGCAAAAAAAGGAAAUUGUUAAACACUUGUGCAUCACAAGCAACGCGGGAACGUUGAUGUAGAGAUUUGUAUUUUUCUUGCUGCUGGAAUUCAAGACACUCGUGCAAGGCCCAUAAAUCGUUAUUCGUCCUGGAAGCGCAAUCGGACGACCGCAUUCAGUACGGUUGAACCGAACCAGGCCAGGACAACAUGCGACGAUACGGUGUGAAGACAGCAGCAACUACAACGUACAACUAGGGCAGAAUAGGCAGCAGCGCGGGCCAAGAGAUCACGCCAUUUUACCAAUGACCGUUGAAGACGGUAAAGCCAUCUGACCUCGGGAGGAACCUGUAAGGCUGUCACUGUCACCGCAAUGGAACAUCAUGGGAUGUACACGGACAUAUCGAACAGUUUCCCGGGCACUGGACUUCUGCCAAACACUAAUGUGAAGUACCACCAGCAUCACUUUCCGCAAAUCCCUCCCCAACCGCCGCCACAGGGCAGCAACAUCAACGGGCAAGGCGCAAACCCGCAGCAGGUAUACCAUUCUCAGUCGCAACAGCAUACUGCAGCAGGUUAUGGUCAUCAACAGCAAAAGGUACAAAGUCAGAAUUUCGAUUCCGACUCGAUAGGCACUGACCUAUAUCAGGAUGCUGCUGGAUUAUUCGACACGAGCAACGCUCUGUGCAGUACCAACAGUAGUAAUAGCAGUAGUAACGGUAGUAGUAACAAUAGUUAUAGUAACCAUAGCAGCGACAAUAACGUUAACAAUAGUAAGACCAUCGAGUUCACUUCGCGAAAAUUCGAAACCAAUACAGGCGACAGUAUAACGUACAAUAUCAAUAACAUAAACACGAAUAUCGUGAACAAUAUCAGCGGUGGCGGUUUAGGAGCAAACGGUGUUCAGGGACUGAACUCCGGACAGGCCGCUAUCACCGGUGGUGGGCCGACGACGGAUUUUCUCGGAAACCCCCAGUUCUUGAGCUCCGGUGGCAACGCUCAGAUCUCGUUUAGAAAGAAAAGUGAUACCAAUCCAACGAUCAUUAACAUUAGCAAUAAUAAUCAUAAUAUUAUGGCACCGCCCAUUCCGUAUCCGUACCAAACAAAGAUCUCCGGAAUGGGUGCGUUAAAUGAACUGAAUACAAAAUUUGGCCCCAGUCCCGUCUGGGCAGCCGGUGGAACAUCCCACAGUAUCGGUGAUUUCAAUCACGAAAACACUAUUAUUAGUAAUUUUGAAGCGAAAAACCCAAACAAGUAUCAUACGAAUCGUGCCAACUACCGAUACCAGCAUGAUUUCGUUCAACCGAACCAACAGCCUCAGGCUGCUACCCACUACCAGCAUAACUAUGGUCUCUACCAUCCGGAAGGAGCCCAGGCAACACCAAUUCAGCAACCCAACGGUCACUACGGUUACGAACCAUAUCCACAUAUCGUUCGUGGAAAGUAUUCCUCCCUAGAGGAAACAAGCCGCUAUGGCCGCAACCAUCAGCACAUUUCCGCGAAGCAUUCUCAGACCUAUCCCGACCACAUGUACAACGAAAGAUCUCGGUAUCCAAAUAAUUUCACCAGUGGCUAUGUAGCGUCGGCCCCAGGACAUUACCCAGCUGCCCAGCCAAGCAAAAACAUUCUAAAUCCGAAUGUUGAAUAUUACAACACUGGGUACAUCAAACAGAUGCAAGCAAUGAAUCAUCACGCGGCCAACGCCUUCGUAUCCAAUCGGCCUACCUACCCACAUCAGGCGUCAGCUUUGCCAAACUAUCAUCACCAAAAUUAUCAUCUAAGCCAUCAGCCCACCUAUGAAGAUCCCUAUCACCACCGAGCACGAGUUCCUAGCAUGUCCCACCACCUGAACGAACCCCACCUGCAGCAAUCCUACCCAAACUAUCCCAACCACGUGGCUAAUCUACCGGUCUAUCCACCAAAUCACAAACUUACCUUCAGUAAGACCUCCAAUGACUUCUAUACUCCCAACAUCCAUCAAAACCCUUACAAUAAUCCCCUGUCGCAUCCGACGGCGCAAACUGUUCAUCACGCACCACAGUAUAACAUCAAGUACACCUCGCAAACCAUUGUACCGCCAAUGAACCAGCCGAAGACCGUUGGUCAUGCCAUGCCACCCACCAGCCAUCAGCCAUCGCAGAAAUCCGCGAACAACUGCUAUUACGACACACCAAACCCUAUAAUCGACAUGAACCAUCCACUGGUUGACCUGGAGGAACAAAUCAACAGUGUAAAGAUACUAAAAACCAGACAGGAUGCAAACGCGGCUGCUGCAUCGAAUUACAACAACAAUCAAGCCCUUGGCUAUGACUGUCAGCAGAAGUAUCUAAUGAAUCACUACAUGCCCUCGAAGGCGUCCUUAAACUCGAUCAACUAUAUCGCUAACGGCUUAGCCGACAGUCAUCCCGCCAAUCCGACCAACUACGGGUACACCACCAUGGAAGAUCUUGGCCUCGGUCCACGUAGCUUUACGCUGGACGAAAAUUUGAAGGACAAAAACCUCCGCGAUUACCUAAGCAGUUGGAACGAAACAGAGGAAGAGGACAACAGCAGCGUUGCAGCCGCUGCGGCUGCAGCUGCUGUAGCGGGAGCACUGGAAGCGAAGGAAACCAACAACAACCAGCCAACGCACCACAACUUCGAAUCAUGCAAAUACCUGCAGGAAGCACUGAACGAGCAGCUUCCUCCUCUGCACAGCGGGGUGAUUGUAGCGAACACUCAGAACGGAACCCACCUUCCGGAUAUUCUUUCCGACUUGGACAAAACCAAAGAAGAGCUGAAAACUGGCCAAGAAACAACCGAAGUCGGUGAGAAGCUAUACAUUUUGGAAACGUACGACGUGCCACAUUCGGAAUUGAACAAGUACAGACAUCUGAACGUGAUCAACGAGUUGCCUAAAAAUGUUGUCCCCAUUCACGAUAGUGCCGAUUCGUUGAAGUUCUUGGAGGAAAUCGAGUCCAACAGGGAGAAGUACUAUCAAACCGAGCUGGAAUCGGAGGUAGUAUACGAUGAUCGAAAGAAAGAAGAGGACAAAAAGGAAGCUAAGGCAGCCCAACGACCGGAGAACGUUACUUCGCCUGUCCCAGAGCCAACGGUGAAGGAAGAGUCGCCAAAGGAUCAAAAGAAAAUUACUGAACCAAUCGUAAGCACCAAGAACGACGAAGAUGCAUUUAAAGUGCCCAGCUACGUUCCGAAGUACCGAAAGCGAAGACACUAUUAUCAGGACUAUCCACGCUUUCCGAAACGAGCUCGGCGGUCCAGUAUUGAAGAUUUCCUGUACACGGACAUACCGAAGCCGGUAGAGAAAAGGAAUCCCAAAAGACUGUUGACCCUCUGUGUGGCUACUCUGAAUUCGCGAGCAUUUAGACGGUAUGCGAAAGAGGAUAUUGCUAGAAGGAAGGAAGCUGAACUUAACGGGGCUUCGAAUCAGAGAGAUGAAACCGACGGGCCCAAAAUGGAAGAAAGUACGGCUGUUGUUGAUGCGGAACCGUGCGAUUCAGUUGUUGUUUCGGAACAAACGAAAGAGGAUGAUGUGGAAAAUUUAAUGCCCGUUGAAGUGUUGAGUGAGAAGGACUCAGACAGAAGCGAUUGCAGACAAGAAUUAACUGAAGCUAAGCAGGAUGAACAACCGUUAACAGAAUCAGAGGAAUUGUCUACCACAGCCGAUAAUCAGCAGGAACCGGAGCCAUCGGUGGAAACUAACAAAGAUCAGGAUCAAGGCUCGGAGUUACCAGUAGAAAAAACAAACGAAGAGCAAGAAACUGUUCCAGUUUCUGAAGACGAAGUUCACAACAGCCCUGUACAAGAGAAAAAUGACACUGAAAGUGACGAUUUGUGUGAAAAAGAGGAGGAAGCAAUUCAGGAAACAACGGAAGACGUUGUUAUGCCAUCAAUAGAUCUCACUGAAUCCGACAUGGAUAACGAUGUAUUCGAAGACCAUGUCCCAGCUGUCCCCCAUCCUCCGACUGGCAGUACCGAUACCGAGCAUACCGAAGAAGAUGAGAACAAUGCUGAGAAGAGAGACUCGGAUUUAUCAUCCGAAUACUCAACAUCGUCUUGCUCAAGUUCAUCGGAUGACGAAACGGACAGUUCAUCGGAUGAAGAUACUGACUCGGAGUCCGAAUCAACGAGUGAGCAAAAUCCGUCUGAAAAAGAGAAUGCAAUCGUUGCGGUCGUCGAAGCGCAUCAAGUACCGGUGAUACAAAAGGUCGAAAGAAUUGCUUACGAAGAAGAUGAAAACAAGCAAUUGCGUACAUUCAACGUACCAAGUCUUCGUGACAUCGCGAGUGCCGCAUUCAACAAGUACAAGCAUGACUACGAUUAUCAGCGAGUCCCGACUUUAAGAAAAAUGUGCUAUGAAUUGCUUUUUGCAAACGAUCUCCUACCGCAGCCAGAAUCUCUGCAAUCGCUCUGCGAAAGAUUCAUCUGCGGUAAUCGGCAUAUGUUUAUCAUCGAAGAAGUGCGUCAUCAACCGGAACGGUUGCAAGAUCUGUGCCAACGAGUUGUCGAUGAAACGAAUAUCAUCAUCGAUGUUAAUGAUUUCUGCAUCUAUGACGAUGAGGAGUUGAUAAACGAGCCGGACAAGGAAGAGGAGAAAGGUCGUGUGUUCAUUGUGGAGGAUGGCCGCGGAUCAAUUGCGGAUCUACUGGCAGAUGAUGAGGAUACGGAACCCGAAGUGUUGACGGUACCAGAGGAUGUCAAUGAAGAGCAUGAUAUAUUUCUGGACAGGGCAGCUAGCGCCGAUAGUUGCAAAGUAAUCAUGGAGAGCCAUUCGCUUUCGGACAGUGAGAACGAAAUCUACAAAAAAGUGGAGCUAGAAAUCGAAAAAAUGAUGACUACCAGUUCCGACGAGGAAGAGGAAGGGGUGAAAGAAUGCCAGCCAGUGGCCUUAGAUGCUGAGCAGUUGAGGAAUGAGUUUUUCUCAUUUGUGGAAGACGAUUGUAUUCAGUACGAGGAGGUGAUUCCAGUGGAUAAGGAGGCCUUUAGGAGGGAUAGUUUGAUUAAAGAUUUAAGGGUGAAGUAUAUUGGCGCGAGGUGUAUGUCGGGAACUUUUCGACUAAAGCUGCUCAGAAAGUAUAUGCUGUAUCGUAGGUUUUUUAAGACGAGAGAUAACAAAGUAUUAUUGAGAAGUCGGUUUUCUAGUAGGUUAUCUGCUUGCUUGCAAAAAAAGGUUGCCACUAUGCUGCGACAAAAAGUAAUCAUUGAGGACAGUGAUAGUAACAGUAGCUCAGCGUCUAGCUUAGUCAGUUCAGAUGCCAGUCGAAGCAGUAGCAGUAGUGCCAGUAGCAACGCUACCAGUACGGAAACUAUCAGUAGUUCCGAAAACGAGGACAUCAAUACAAAAACCGUAUUGAUAGAGAAAUCCUGCGAGAGUUUUUCGGAUGAGCAUUCUAAUCAAUCGGGAAAUUCCGUUUCCGAAAAAUUGAUCGAAAACAAUAACAAUCAGCCCCAGGAGCGUCGGGAAAUAAAACAACCGGUGGCCAAUGUAGAAUCUCAGCAACUCCACAAUGAGGACGACAGUAAUAGCAACAGCUCCGGUAGCCGAUGCCGUUACGGUUUACGCAGAUCGCCAAACGUUCUGCUGCCGAUGCUGAAGAGAAAAAAACCUAGUUUCGAAGAGAGUCUGCUCAGCAUUGAGCAGAUAUAUAAGAAAACCGGUAGCCCAACUCCAUCCACAGCUAGCUCAAAUUCAACGCAUUCCUCAACUGCUAGCCGGAAGCGUCGCUACUCAACAAACUGCCGUCCUAAUGUGAUUGUCAAUGUGAACAACAAUCGCGAAGCGCCACGCAAACUUAUUAUUCCUUCGUACAAAAUUUUCGACCAAACGCUCACAAAAGAUCUGUCCAAUAACAGAUCAACGAGAACAAUCAGUCGGACGCAAAGUCGAAGCAAUAGCAGCAGUAGUGGCAGCAGUACAAAUAGUAAAAUCCAAGGAGGCAGUGUCAACCGGAACAGUGGACUAAUCCGCAUCAACUACCCUAAUAAACCUGCAAAUUCGACGAAGAUCGCAGUAGGUAACGGGGCACGUUCACGAUCUCGUGUUUCACCAACGCUCGCCUGCCUAGAUCAGCGCUUUCCCUACGUCCAGCUAGAACGCAUCGAUUACGUGGAAAAACUAGCAGAAAAAUAUCGCCAACAGCAGAGGCAGCAACAGCAGCAGCAGUUUUCGAAGCAACGGCAACGGCGGAAAUCGACCUUCACGUAGUCAUCCGUAAUCACCGUUACCAUUAUAGUUGUGUAGUGUAGAGUGUAAUCGUCGCGGACGUGGAUGCCGCAUGUGUUGCGUGUCCAACGUGCUUAUCAAGGGCUGUUUGUUUCUGGUUAUAGUUGUGCAGUGCGGCAAUUUGUUGUUGUCGCCAGCACUGGCUGCUGCUGCUGCUGCCGCAAGAUAUGAACCUUUUGUUUCUGUUCUAUGUUAUUGUUUGUCCCUACCUACAUUAGUGUGAUAUCAAAAUCUGCGCCCGACGACGACGACGACGACAACCAAAGCGCAUCACAUUGGCAACCUGGUGGCAGAGAAUUCGUUCGUAUAGUGAGGGGCGGUACGUACCUACAGUAUGUAACCUUCAAAGCGUGCGAACCGCGAGGCGGAAAAUGGGCUAUUUUCUGCUCGACCGUGGACUGAUUAAGCGUGUCCCUAAUGUCGCUGAGCACAAAUUCUGGAGCGCAGUUGUUAGCGCUGAGAGUUGGCAUUCGUUUUUUUAUGGUCGGGCGUAUCAAAAAAUGCGGUGGCGAAAUGUGUCGUGCAAAAUCAAAUUUUCUAACUGGAAGGCUUUCAGCUUAAGGGUUUGACAGGACCACCUUCAGUGCAAAUAGUCAACAAAAUCUCAGAUCUAAAAUUUUAAUUAAAUGUAUUCAAUUUUGAUUGUGAUUGUUGAAAUUACCUAUUUCUUUCUUUUUUGCCUAACAUUUCUUAGCACGACAGUGAUGGAAAAUAUUCAGAAUAUCUAAGAUCACAACUUUUAGUGUUUGCAUCAGGUGACAUGAUCGAUUCAGAAUCUGGUUUUUUUUUCAUUUUCUCCCAUAUAAAAUUGUUGGAAAAAAAACAUCAAAAUGAAGCAGUAUUUUAUAGCAAAUUUUAGAUAUUUUUCCCUCGUUGUGAUUUAUUUAAAUUUAUAAUAUUUAUUGUAUUUUUAGCCAACUCGACCUGCAGUUCAGUAUAAUUUGAACUAUUGUUACAUUGGCCUACCUGUUGAUUAUAGACACCUUUCUGUAGUAUGAAAGUAGAAGAAAAGAAGAAAAAAUAUUAACCUUUCGGAAAACAUGCUAGACACGAUAGAUUCAAAUUCAAUCUCAAUGUACAAUCGCAGCACGCAUGGAAAUUUGACACCUGCAGCUCCAAAGUUUUCACUUGCCAUGUUUCGAUACGUUGUCUUUCUAUUAUCAGUGUCGAUGAACUUGUAACGGUCGUAUUAUUGUGUAUUUUUCCAGUUUUCAAAGGCCAUAAAUAACUUCAACUACAUGUUAUAAAAUGAGAAAAACUUUUCUUCGCGAAUAUUGUAGAUAUCAUGGGAUUUUACAGUGUUUAGGAGCCCAAUCCACCCACAAACGCCAACUCUCCGUGCUAACUUGAUCGAUAGAUUUAUCACAAAUUGAAAAAAAAAAAAACACAUCACUAUGCUCUAAUCACACUUCACAGACCGGCGACAAACACAACGCAGAUUUUGCAUUCAUUUGUAUUUAUUUGGCGCGACGCCCUGCACGAAACUAGGUAUAUAUAGGUACAUAUAAGCGCGGGUUUGUACUUACAGAGCCAAACGUGGGAUCGUUUCCAAUGAAACCCGUAAAGCUCCAUACAAAUGAACGACUGCCACUGGCAGUUUUUUCAUUCGAGCAGUCUUUGGACACUUGCGCUCGUGCCUGCUUUGGUGGCGUUACCACUAGUUACUGUACUCGGUUUGUGUCUACGGAACACCGUUUGCUCUAGCGUUACUACCGCCUGAUUUCACAACGGAUAUACGACCACGUGUUUGAAAAUAUUAUGCAGGCAUAUGAAAAAAAAUAUAUUUAAUGAAAGAGUAUACAUUUUAGUACAUUGUACGGUAUUAAGGAUAUUCGCUAGAAUUUCAUCCCAGAUCAUACUUUCGACUGUCAUCAGACACAGGACAAAUAAAUAAAAAAAAACGGUUACUUUCAUUCAGCUAUCCAUCUAGUCAGUAAAAGAAUUUAAAUAUCAAACAAAAGAGAAACCGAAAACGUUUCAUUCUCUGAAGCUGUGGUGUUGUUGGUAAGAUUUUUUAGAAUAGUAUAUGUUAGAUUUCCCAAACCUAAUCACAAACUGUAACAACAAAUAAAUGCAUUCCGAUUUUAAGUUCCUAGGGCGUAAGUUUUUUUACAUUAUGAACACACCGUGUUUUACCACCAAGAACUAACUGCGUAAGAUCAUUAUCUGAUUCAAGCAGAUCGUCAUAAGCUGUCAAUAUUGUGCUAGAGUACAUGGUUUUUAUUUCAAUUCGAACUGCUACAGAAACUGUAGUUGAUCGUAAAAAUCUACAAAAAAUCAAAUGUAAGAGAAAUCAUUUACACAGUAGUGCCUUGAAUGCCACCAGGUUUGAAGACAACAACGGCUGAUAGGAUUCAGCAACACAAAUUCGAUGUUUGAAUGUACAAGUACGAAUAGCUUUUUUACAACAACAAAAAAACCGUGUAAUGUUGAUAUUUUAUCUAUAUACAUAGGAAGACUUUUUACGGUCAAACAAAACAUAAAUACAACGCAAACUUGUCGCUUGGUAUAAAUAUAUUGAAACAAACAAACAAAAAAAUAUGCGGUGGCAUUUAUCGUAAGGGAAACUAUUACAGACAUCACUUACACGAAGAAAGAGUUGAUAUUUUAAACCCAAUAGCGUGCGUUCACGACCAAAAGCAGAGACGCUGAAUACAAGACAGCAUAUAUUAAAUAAAUAGUAAUAUUAGCCAAUCGUAAGCUUACUUAUCUCUUGAAAAGUACAGCUGGUCCCCUUUUCGGUGGCCAGAUUUCAGACGUGAGUAUUGUACAUCUAUUUUUUAUCGUGUAUGGUAAACCUGUUGUUUGAGGUAAAACAAAACAAGAAUAAAAUUAAGAUUUUCAUUUUUGAAUGUUGGUUGAAAAA